UAAUUAAAGCAUUAAUACCGCCUUAGUGAAAAACCUUUUUAGUUUUUAGGGAGAGAAAGCAGAGAGUUCGACUGCCAACUGCGAAAACAGCACAAAAAUCGCCAUGGAAGGACCUUCAUCAUCCUCUCGCAAGCGCCCUUUCAUUGACGAAGAUGACGAUUCCAAAAACAACAAUCAAAAGAGAGUUAGAUUUCCGAAGAAGAAGAAGCUAAAGGGAGAAGCAGCACCUGAGCCGGUGGCUCCAGCGGAGGCUGAAGUAGCUGGACCGGUUGAUCUUUCGGACCCUCGUGUCGCUGCGAAAGAGCGGGCGAAACGCCGUGUUCAUUUGACUACUCAGCUUUUUACUGAAGAUGGUGAGGUUGAAGUGGCUCAAAUUUCUGCUGCUGAAGUUCAAUAUCAGGAAAAUGAAUCUUUUGUCGAUGACGGUAUCCAAUUUGAGCCUUUUAAUUUGGAAAAAGAAAGAGAAGAAGGUUACUUUGAUGAAGCGGGGAACUUUGUGGAAUAUGUACCUGAAAAGGAAGAGAAGGAUGCAUGGCUUGAUAGCCUUGAAGUAGACCCAAAGCUCGCCAAUAGAAUUUCCACUAUUCCUAAUAAUGAUGAUGAAGAGCAGGAGAUGACUUCUGAUGAUAUAGGAAAGAUAAAGCGCCGUAUAGCUGAUGUUCUUGAGCCCGGUGAAACGGUUUUACAAGCACUGAAGAGACUGAAAGGUACAACUGACAAGAGAGUAAAGAUGUCCAUAGAAACGAAGCGUGUUUUUGACCAGCUUACUGAAGAUGCCAUGCGGCUGAUGGAAAAUGGGGACUACAAUGUUUAUCAUGAAGAGCGAGAGGUUUUCGUACGCGAGGCAGAAGGAUAUGAGGCCCUUGCUCGAGCAAGAAAUAAUGUUGUGUCAGGAACUGGAGGAACUGAGGAUGAUGCACUUGACAUGUUUGCUGAUGAAGAUGAUGACGUGGCUGCAAAUUCUGAGCAGAAUAAUGACACCUCUGUGCCUAGCGUGGACACAAGUACUCAGAUGGCAGUGGAAAACGGAAACCAGGAUUCAGAAAGUUCUUGGGCUGGGCAAAGUGAUUAUGUGUACGACGAAACAUCAGGAUACUAUUACAGUAGCAGCCUAGGAUACUACUAUGAUCCCUCUACUGGAUUGUUUUGCUCUGCAUCAUCAGGACAAUGGUACAAAUACAAUGAGGCUACUGGCACUUAUGAUGAAAUCCAACCUGAGACUGAAGCACCAUCAAAUGCUAGCUAAUGACUUCAAUUUUGCUUUGUUGGUUGGGAACUACAGUCCGUAGUUAAGCAGCACAUCACAGCUUGAAGUUAAUUGUAGCUGUACAGGUACGUGUACAAAUUAAAUACCUGUCUUAUACGAGGAAGUUAAACCAAAGCAUAAGAUACAAGCUGGUUAUGUUGAUGAGGUUUUCUGGUUUAUUUUACGUGAAAUAGAGUUGAGUAGGAGAUUAAUGCGCAUUUCUUUACAAAAUGUAAAUUUUUGCUCUUAAACCCUGAUAAUAAUUUUUUCAAGCACCACUUUUCCUCUGCACUAUGGACUUCAUCACCAGAUUAGCUAGCAUCUCUUUAUUCAGUUUCUGAAGGACUAUUAGUCGACAAACAAGAGCUUCUAGUUUCUGCAACAAGUGAAUACUUUUUAUGCUGAAAAGGAUUGAUGGUCUUGAGCAGGCAAGGCAUAAGUGCAUCUUUGGCUGUAUAAAGAACAUAAAGUAUGUAUGUAGGUUAGUCACACAUAUUUUCUGAUCAUGAAAAACCUUGGCAAAGUAAUUUCAUUAAGAUGUACUCGUAGAAAUUUGGAUAGCCGUAUGAUGGAUUUGCAACACCUUAUCUUGGGAUGCCAACAUGGUGAUUGGAAUCAUUUCUUGUUUCUGACUACCAUAGCAAUAAAAUUCUAAAACAACCAUAUCAUUGAACUAA